CAUGUUUACUUCCUUUUACUACUACAAGAGGGGAAGAAUCAUGGCAAAGAGAACAAAAAAGGUUGGAAUUUGUGGAAAGUAUGGAACGCGAUAUGGGGCUUCCCUUCGAAAAACCAUUAAGAGAAUGGAAAUCUCUCAACAUUCUCGAUACACAUGUCAGUUCUGUGGAAAGGAUGCCAUGAAGAGGAAAGCUGUGGGGAUCUGGAGCUGUUCUAGAUGUAGAAAGACGGUGGCAGGAGGUGCAUGGGUAUACAGCACAACAGCCGCUGCAACAGUUAGAAGUGCCGUCCGUCGUCUGCGUGAAAUGAAGGAAUCUUAAAUAAAUUAAAUCCCCAGAGCAAA